AUGGCUGCCGCUAUCACAAAAAGGGACAACCGUAGCGACCAGGGGUUCCCUGACUUUUACUGGAGGACGACGACAGAAGUUCGGAACAUGAUGCCCUUGGCUGUGCUCCGUACGCCACCGGAGCGGUCCUCUCUGGACUAUGGCGAACGUCCGGUUAACUCCCAUUCCAGUGGAAAGCUCAUCGCUGGGCGCCUCCGUCUCCUGAAGGCUCACCUUGGGAGAAAUGGGCAAUCCUGA